AUGCCAGCAGACACCACACAGGACGCAGACUCCUUGCUUUCCUAUGGGAUGAAACUCACGUGGGACAUCAACGAUCCACAGAUGCCUCAGGAACCAGCCCACUUUGACCACUUCCGGGAGUGGCCCGAUGGCUACGUGCGCUUCAUCUACAGCAGCCAGGAGAAGAAGGCUCAGCGCCACCUGAGUGGCUGGGCCAUGCGCAACACCAACAACCACAAUGGCCACAUCCUCAAGAAGUCCUGCCUGGGCGUGGUGGUGUGCGCACGCGCCUGCGCCCUGCAGGAUGGCUCGCAUCUGCAGCUUCGGCCAGCCAUCUGCGACAAGGCCCGGCUGAAGCAGCAGCAGAAAGCCUGUCCCAACUGUCACUCAGCUUUGGAGCUGGUUCCUUGCCGAGGGCACAGUGGAUACCCAGUCACCAACUUCUGGCGACUUGAUGGCAACGCAAUAUUUUUUCAGGCCAAAGGGGUUCAUGAUCACCCCAGACCAGAGAGUAAGUCUGAGACAGAAGCUAGAAGAAGUGCCUUCAAGAGACAGAUGGCCUCUUUCUACCAACCCCAGAAGAGGAGCUCCAGAGAACCUGAGGUAGGAAACCCUCAGGACAUCAGUGGAAACCUCAGUAGCAUGCCUGCUCUGGAACCCACAGAACGGCUUGAUAUGAUUGCUGAUACCAGCUUCUCUAUGACAAACCAGUCCUGCCUUUCCUUCCCAAACUCUGAUGUUCUUGGAGUUACCUGUGACCUCCCCACCUUUCAAGGAGAUGUAACACUGCCCUUUCAGAAAUAUUCAAAUCCAAGCAUUUACUUGCCCAGACCACCUUGGAGCUAUGAAUUGGCAGGUCCUGUGGGCACAGGACCAAAUCCAUAUCCUACCCUGUAUAAAGAUCCUUCUAGUAUCGCUGACAACACAGAUUGGGUUCACCUAAACUCACUACAAUACAAUGUCAGUUCAUACAGCAGUUAUGAGAGCAGCUUGGAUUUCACAGCUAAAUACCAUGGCUGGAAACCUACACAUGGGAAACCUGGCCUUGAAGAGAGGGUUGAUUAUGGGCAAUGCCAGGCUGUGACCACAUGCCCUUAUUACAACCCAGAGCUGCCCUGCAGGUACCUGCCAAGGCCACCAGCAGGAACCCAGGCCCUGCAGACCGUGAUCACCACCACAGUGGCCUACCAGGCUUACCAGCACCCUGCCCUGAAACACAGUGACAGCAUGCAGGAGGUCAGCAGCCUCGCCAGCUGCACCUAUGCUUCUGAAAACCUCCCAGUGCCCAUCUACCCGCAAGCCUUAGACCCUCCAGAUGCAACCAUGCAGGCAGCCUCUCCUUCAAAGAGAGCCCCUGUGAAACUCCCGGGAGAUUGCCAGGUCCUCAGAUGCGCUCUGGCCUCUCCUCACGAGGCAGAUCCCUUCAGGACAGAUGGAGAUGCAUGGGAUGUGUGUCUGUCUGGGAUGGGCUCUGUGGUCGGCUGCUUGGAUAGGACAGGGCAGCCUUUUACCUUUGAGAGUGAGGAAUUUUAG